UCAUAUGAUAUAACAAUAACUAUUUACUUAGUACUAAUUACUCAUAAUUUUCUUGGGUAAAUAAAAUACAUUGUAGAAAAGGAAGGAUGCUUAUCAGUAAUAACACUAGCUUAUAAAUACGCGACUCGUUGAAACAAUAACAUAUCUUGUAGUGUAUGUUAAACAUGUUUUCUAUUAACGAAAUGGAAAUUUACGAGGAUCAAAUCAAAGAAUAUGAUAUUUUAAAGAAAAUCAUUACUACUGCUGAUCAAGAAGAUGCAUUUUAUAUAUUAGAUCUUGGUAUUAUAAUUAAAAAGCAUCUAGAUUGGAUUAAAAAAAUGCCAAGAGUUGUACCAUACUAUGCUGUAAAAUGUAAUUCUAAUCCAAUGGUGAUCAAGCUUCUAGCAGCUAUGAACGCGAAUUUCGACUGCGCAUCAAAGCAAGAAAUUCAGGAUGUUAUGCAAUUGGGUAUUUUGCCAGAUAGAAUAAUCUUUGCUAAUCCCACAAAGUGUCCAUCUCAUAUAAAAUUUGCUAAAAAUGUAGGUGUUGAUAAGAUGACAGUAGAUGGUAAAUUAGAACUUUUUAAAAUUAAAAAAUUGUUUCCUGAAGCAAAAAUAAUUAUUCGCUUUCGAUGCGAUAGCAAAUUUGUUUCUGCUGAUUCUGUUAAUCUUGGAAUUAAAUUUGGGUGUAAUCCAGACGAUGAAGCAAAAAAGUUAAUACAACUUACAAAAGAUCUAGGUUUAAUUUUAUAUGGAUUUAGUUUCCACGUUGGUAGCCCAUGUAAAGAAUUCAAUGCGUAUAAACAUGGAAUUGAAAUAUGUAAAGAAUUGAUUACUUUUGCUAAAUCGAUAGGAUGCAAAGAUAUCAAGUUAAUUGAUAUUGGAGGGGGUUUUCCUGGAGAAAGUGGAAUUGAAAUCAAUGAGCUUCCAUGUAUAAUUAAUGAUGCGAUCAAAGAAAUAGAUCCUACUAUAGAAAUUGUAAGUGAACCAGGUAGAUACUAUGUAACAUCUGCUUUUACUUUAGCUGCGUAUUUACAUUCAAAAAAAACUAUAUGGGAGGAAAACAGUCCAAGACAUAUGUAUUAUAUUAACUGCGGAGUAUACAGUGGUUUUGUAGAUGAAUUGUUGAACUUGCAUUCACGUCAACCAAUUUCACUGUCCAAUCCUGCAUCUGAUAAACAGUAUCUUUCUACUAUAUGUGGUCCGACUUGUAAUUCUUUUGAUUGUAUCAUUAAAGAUGUAUUACUACCAGAAUUUCACAUAGGAGAUUGGCUUGUAUGGAGCAAUAUGGGUUCAUAUACAAAUUCUAUAAGUUUUGAAUUUUGUGGGUAUAUGCCAUUGGUAGUUCAUCCAUUUAUCAGAAAAAGUCAAUGGCAAGAUUUUUGUGCCUUUACUAGAUGUGAUAUAAAUAAUGGAUUAUAAACAUUAACAAUUGAUUAGAAUAAAUAAUAUGAAUUUCAAUAAACGAAUAUAUUUAAAAAAUAAUAAAGGUAUAUAUUGUGCACUUAUGAACUAUAUUUGUUAUUUUAAAGUUUAGAAAUACAUAUUUUAUUUUACUUAA